AUCCUGAAGGCUAAAACCCCUUGGCGCUGCGAAUUUACUUAAACCCUAUCCAACACCAUCAGCCAUCCGAUAACCUCAUUUCAUUCACAAAGCACUUUGGAGUAGCUCUGUAAUGGAUUUGUGCUUACAGACGACGAUGAGUGCAGUUCUUCUACGGAGAACCACUGCCUUAGCGGCCUCCAGAGGUAGAGUUAGUUCCACUUUGUUAUCCCCAAUUGCCAACUUUUUAGCGUCUCGUGUGGGUGUUAAUGGCAGCGUUAUACCUGCUGCUGAGUUUGGUAAUUUCUCCUGCAUUGGGGUGAUGGAGAGGCCUUCGGGUUUUGGUUUUCAAUCGAGGGGAUUUCAUGCGGUUUCUCGGCCGUUGAAUUUCAGGGCGUCGUUGGUUUCCCUGGCGGAGUUUGCGGUGGAGGAGUGUGUUGAGGUUAGUAGUAGUAGAAGCGGCGAUGAAGGACUCGAGAUUGGAAAGCUAGGGAUCGCGCCGGAGAUCGUCUCUGCUUUGGAGAAGAAGGGUAUAACUAAGCUCUUUCCGAUUCAGAGGGCCGUGCUAGAACCAGCAAUGCAAGGGCGUGACAUGAUUGGUCGUGCUAGAACUGGAACAGGAAAAACUCUUGCUUUUGGAAUUCCCAUCUUGGACAAAAUCAUUCAGUUCAAUGCAAAGAAGGGAAAAGGAAGAAACCCGUUGGCCCUGGUUCUAGCUCCAACAAGGGAACUUGCUCGGCAGGUUGAAAAAGAAUUUGAAGAGGCUGCUCCUAGCCUGGACAUGAUCUGUGUUUAUGGGGGGACACCGAUUUCAAGCCAAAUGAGGCAGCUUGGCUAUGGCGUUGAUAUCGCUGUUGGCACACCUGGUCGCUUGAUUGAUCUUCUUAAUAGGGGUUCUCUAAAUUUAUCAGAAGUCAAGUUUGUUGUUCUUGAUGAAGCAGACCAGAUGCUUCAAGUAGGCUUUCAAGAGGAUGUUGAGAAGAUCUUGGAGAGGUUACCUCGGAAACGUCAGAGUAUGAUGUUCUCUGCAACAAUGCCCUCUUGGAUCAGAAAACUAUCUCAAAAUUACCUAACCAAUCCGCUAACUGUUGAUCUUGUUGGAGAUUCUGAUCAGAAAUUGGCAGAUGGAAUUAGCUUAUUCUCAAUUGUUGCAGACAUGCGCGGAAAAGCAUCAAUAAUUGGACCUCUAAUAGCAGAACAUGCUAAAGGCGGAAAGUGUAUUGUUUUCACUCAAACAAAACGUGAUGCCGAUAGAUUAGCCUAUGCAAUGGCAAGGAAAUUUAAAUGUGAAGCUUUGCAUGGAGAUAUUUCACAGAGUCAGAGAGAAAGAACUCUUUCGGGUUUUAGAGCUGGACGUUUCAACGUUCUAGUUGCAACUGAUGUUGCAGCAAGGGGUCUCGAUAUACCGAAUGUUGAUCUCGUAAUACAUUUUGAGCUUCCAAACAACACAGAGAUAUUUGUCCAUAGAUCAGGUCGCACAGGUCGUGCUGGUAAGAAAGGCAGUGCUAUUCUUAUUCACACACAGAGUCAGUCAAGGGCUGUAAGAGUGAUUGAGCGUGAAGUGGGAUGCAGAUUUAAUGAGCUUCCAAGGAUUACUGUUGAGGAUGGUGCUCAUGUGGAUAUGUUCAGUGAAAGGGGUGUCGGUGGUCGAUUUAGCUCUUCUGGAGGAUUUCGGGAUCCUCGAACAAAUGAUUCAGGUCGAACUGGCAGCCAGAGAGGUCCAAGUUUCAGGCGUUCAGGAGAUUAUGAUAAUUCCAGUUUUGGCCGUUCAAGUGGUAGGGAUUCUUUUGGGGCAAAGGGUAGAAACGGUGGACAUACCUCUGGUGGUUUCAGUUCAUUUGGUGCUCGUAAGUCCAACAAUGCAGGAGAUUUUCGUAGUUCUGGGUCUCGACGUUCUGGUGGGUUUGGAGACUUUGAUUUUGAUUCAGGUCGUAGUUCGGGAAGGAAGUCUAGAAACUCUGGCUUAUUUGGUGACGACGAUAUGGAAGCAAAUCAGAGCAGUAGGAGAAGGAAAUUUUAAACUAGGUUGGUGAGGGAUGUUCUUUAUCAGCAAUUCGAAAUUCCUAACUGCUGGCUUCCAGUUCUUCAACCACAAGAGGGCGACAACCAUGUUCGACGUUAAGGAGGCAGCAUCAUGGGGAAUUAUAAUUGCGUUGGAGAGUUCACGAAUUUUUGAGGUAGGUUCAUGUUCAUGUGCAAAAAAUGGCACAUUUCUUGUAUUUUUGCAGUUGAUACGAAUGUUAUUAGCACUCUGAAGGGAAAUUAGGCUCAAUAUUAGGGAUCAUCAUCUUGUAAUAUGGUCUGGUGCAUAAAUCCUUUUUGACAUAUUAAUACCAUUAUUUUGCCGUAUUACUUUGAUGGCA